GAACUCUGAUUAACAAAUAUUUGAGUAUAAUAAUAAAUAGGACAGACAAUUAAAUGAAUAAAAGUAUUGUUCAUAAUAAAAAAUCAAAAAGUUAAUGCAUAAAAUAAGUGUUUGGAACUUGUGUGAAGUGCGUUGCUCAAGAUUGAAAUCACCAGGGACCGCUCCCUCUGUGCUCUGUGCUGGUGUGCAAGACCUGCAAGACAUUUAAUUUUAUAUCAUUUUUUUUCACGAGAGAGUUAUACGUAGAAUGGCGUGUGUAUCGUAGAAAAUUUCGACGAUAUAUUCAAAUCAUAAAAUAAAAUGUCUUUAGAGACUCGUAGUUCAGCUCAUUUCAAACGAGCUGAACAAUUACGUCGUUGGGAGGAUUCAGAGACAAAUCGUGAACCAACUGUGCCUAAAGUGAGAUCUAGUAAAGUUAAGUUUCCAUCAAGUUGUGUGUUUUUAGCUGCGUGUACCGCUGGUGACAAGGAUGAGGUUUUAAAACUUUUAGAAAAGGGGAUUGAUAUCAACACACCGAAUGUCGAUGGUUUGACAGCCUUACAUCAGGCGUGUAUUGAAGAUAAUUUGGAUAUGGUGGAAUUUCUUGUACAAAAUGGAGCGAAUGUAAAUUUAGGUGAUAAUGAAGGCUGGACACCAUUACAUGCAACGGCAUCAUGCGGUUUUUGUUCAAUUGCUAAAUAUUUAAUUGAAAAUGGCGCUGAUGUUGGUGCAAUUAAUAACGAUGGUGAAUUGGCUAUUGAUAUUGCUGAGUCCGAUGACAUGUUAGAUUUACUACAAGAUGAAAUACAAAAGAGAGGAAUAGACUGUGAGAAAGCUCGAGGCGAUGAACAACGUCGCAUGUUAAAGGAUGCCAGAGAUUGGGCGUCUGGAGAAUGUAUCGAAUCAAUGGGUGCACCACAUCAUAAGACUGGAGCUACAGCCUUACAUAUUGCUGCUGCCAAAGGAUAUAUUGACGUUAUGCAUAUUUUAUUACAAAAUGGAUUGGUUGAUGUUGAUCAACAAGAUUACGAUGGAUGGACCCCAUUACAUGCGGCCACACAUUGGAAUCAACGUGAAGCUGCUAAAUUACUUGUUGAUAAUUUGGCUGAUAUGGAAAUUAAAAAUUUUUAUCGACAAACUCCAUUUGACGUAGCGGAUCCUGACAUGUUGAAAUUCUUAGAAGAAUUGAAAGUGAAACAAUCUAGUCUUAACAAAGAAAUCAUACUUGGUAAACGACAAGCGAAACGGAAAGCAGAUGCUCCAGCCAAAAUUAAAAAAGUUGAAUUACAAAUUGAAAAAGAUAAGGAAAAUGAUGAAAAUUUAGUGGGAUCUGUUGAUAAUAAUGUUGAUCUGGAAUUAUCGUUAAGUAGUGACACUGAUAGUUACUCUAGCGAAACAGAAACAAGUUCUGAUAACUUUACGGAUGAAGAAAAGAAGAACCGAGUAAAUGCUGGUACAACGGAUUCAUCUCAACGGAUAUACCCGCCAUCAUCGCCAGCAACUACCCCCACAAGUGAACAAAAUAAUUCAACAAAACAAUUACCAUCACCUACUCAACAAGCUCCUCCAAGUGUGCCACCCAAAGCAAUUGAAAAUAACACAGAAGAUAUUGGUACAAUACCAUCAUGGCGACGACCUGCAUCCUUACGAUCGCGUCUUGGAAAUGAUUCACCAACCAAAUCACUAUCAUUGCGUAUCGGUGAAAAAGAACAAAAGAGUCCAACAUCACCAACUUCAAAGAAUAUAUCCGAUAAUAGUGAUGUCGUUUUAAGAAGAACUCAUAGCUUCGAGAAUGAUGAAAAGUUCAAACGUCGUUAUAUGGAAUUACAAGAACGUAUCAAAAAAGCCAAAUCCUUAUAUCCAAUUCCAGGCACCCCACAAGAUAACAAUAAAACAUCAUCUUCUUAUCCACCUAGUAACAGUAAUAGUAACAAUGACUGUAGUAAUGAACAAACAUAUUUUAUAACAAAAUUAGGUUUAUUACCAUCACCACAAAAACCUGAAACGUCUUCUAAAAAUAAUAAUAAUCAUAAUAAUCAUACUAUUCAUAAUAAUAAUAACAUAUCACCAAGUACAUACGAGGAUGAUGAUCAAAAAUUUAUUCAUUUUAAUCGUAAACAUAUUGUAUCGGAUUCAAUUUUAUCUAAAGUCAUUUCUACUACAAAUAAUCCUCUUACCAGAUCUUGUUCCCUACGCACGGAUCGCUGGUUAUCUGACAGAAAGCAAGAUCAAUUAACAAAUACAACAACUACCUCUUCAUCAGGAUCAUCACCUCAACAAAAUACACCAAGUACACCACCAACGGCCACGAUUAACACUGCCAACACAUCACCCAAUCGAACAUCACAGAGUUCACCCAUUGCCACCAGUCCACAGCCAAACAGUCAAGUUAGAAGUGUAACACAUAAACCACCGGUUAGUGGGGCUUCUCCUGUAACAACAAUUGUUACACCUGCAACGCCCCCCACCCCAAGUGUACCCACGCCAACGCCACCACCGGCAACGCCUAGUACAGGCAGUAAACUACUCAGUCCAGGAAAUAUUUUCAAGAAUUUCUUCAAAUCAUUCGUGCCGCCGGUACGAGAUGAAGAAAGUGAAACGCAACGGAAAGCACAUGCAAAACGUGUUCGAGAAACACGUCGAUCUACUCAAGGUGUUACGCUUGAUGAAAUUAAAUCUGCUGAACAAUUAGUGAAACAGAAAAACCAACCAAAAAAUGCAACUGAUCAGGAUGUAACAACAACCGUGGUAGUAACAUCAACAUCAAAUGGAGACACCACAUCUACAAAUGGCAAUAACACACCCAGUGUAACAGCGACAAUAACGACAGGUGCACCCACGGUGGUCACACCUGUCACAAGAACUAAUGAAGAUAGCGAUCAACAAAAUAUACAAAAUAAUUCGUUACACGAACGACGGCCAUCAUGGCGUUUAAGAGUCGAUAAUGGAAGCAAGUUCAAAUUAGAAGAUGCAACCGCUACAAAUAAUGCAACGACAGCUGGAGGAACACCCACAGUAUUUAUACGCCGGGCUGCUACAACGACACCCAGUGGACAAAUCACUACACGGCCAUCAUCCGCACCUGUUGAAACAACUGUUCCUCCAUCACCUCCCGCUGACACGGUAGUCACAUUACCGUUACGUCGAAAUUCGAAACCAGUUGAAGAUAAAGAACAAGAUAAAGAAAAUGAUGUUCGCAAUGCACAAGCCACGCAAGCAGUUAUCCAAAGAAGACGAAGGCCAAAACGAAGAUCUACUGGAGUUGUUCAUGUUGAUAUGGAUGAAAUAGAUCCAGAAAAACAGGAUUCAAAUGCUGGUGGAGAUUGUGACGAUAUUAAAUUGAAUCACCAAGAUAGUGGUUCAGAACAACAGGGUAAUAAUAAUAAAGAAUCACGUUUAAGUGCAUCACGAGGUGAAUUAAUUCCCACACGUAAUGAAAAUGGUGAAGUUGAUUACAAAAAAUUAUGGGAGCAAGCACAAGCUGAUAACGAUAGACUACGUGAUAAAUUACGUAAACAAGAUGAAGAGCUGCGUGAUACGAAAUUAACUUUGGAAAAAAUUAGUACUACAAGUAAAAAUUCACUAUCUGAAUUAGAAAAACGUGAAAGACGGGCCAUGGAAAGAAAAUUAUCUGAAAUGGAGGAGGAAUUAAAGCAAUUACAAAAGCUCAAAGCUGAAAAUGAACGGCUUCGUGCCGAGAAUCGUGCAUUGACACGAGUUGUCAGCAAAUUGACGAAUACAACCGGUAAAUAGCAACUUGAAACAUUGAAAGUUGAAAAUCAGAAGUUAAAGGAUGAAAAUGGCGCACUAAUACGAGUGAUAAGUAAAUUAUCCAAAUAGUAUAUACUUAGCAGGGCAUUAGCUUGUAGUAAAAAUAAUACAUCUUGAUAAUUUUUAUUUAUUAA